GGGUUCAUUCUGCCACUUCAAAAUGGAGAAUGUGAGUUCCCCUGUGACAGCGUUGGGUUUUAUACCCACGUUUUCUGCGAACCAGGAAUCGGAUGGCGAUAAAACAAGCUUUGAAACGGCUGCAUCGUCAGUGAAUUGUUUUGCUGAGGUUGUUGUGACUCAAAAUUACUCCGAUAUCUCAAGGAGUGUUGCAAUACCAGGCAACAGAGUAGCGACAUUUGCUGUUAGUUCAAGUGGUGCUCUGGCCUGUCCAGGUGGAGUGCUCAAUAGCCAAGUUGCAGUUGUCACAGUUCCCGAAAGCCAGCUGUUUGCUGUUCAGCAGUCUCAACAAGCUGAUUCUGUCCAACAGGAAACUGACUUAACCAGUGAAGACGAUGUUGCAUCUGUCACAGGCAGUGCGUCAAAUGUCAGUCAUCCAAAUGAACUGACAAUAAAUGUUACAUUACAGCCUCACUCUGGUUCUUUGUCUGAAGAUGGAGUGUUGCCUGAAGGGGCACCAAGCAGCACACCUGGUGAUCCAAAGCAGAAACGAAAAGGGGGUUGGCCAAAAGGGAAAAAACGAAAGAAGGAAUUUGCAGAUUUGAAUAAACCAAAAGCCCCAAUUACUGGGUAUGUGAGAUUUAUCAACAGUCGUCGAGCUGAAGUGAAGCAACAACAUCCUAAUUUACUGUUUCCUGAAAUAACAAAGAUACUUGGACUGGAGUGGAGUAAUCUUCUUCAAGAGGAGAAGCAGAAAUACCUGGAUGAAGCAGAAGAAGACAAAAAACGCUACAUUGAAGAGCUUAAAAUUUACCAACAGUCUGAGCAAUACCAGGCAUUUAUGAAAAGUCAAAAUGCUAAGAAAAUCAAGACCAUUGUUGGAGUAGAUACUACUGAGGAAGUGCCGUCGAGCUUACUGUUGAGCGAACAAAUGGAAGAUGACUCUAACGAAUUAUACUGCAGGGUCUGCAACCAGUUCUUCAGCUCCCCUCACAAUAAGAAAGAACAUUUGUUUGGAAAACAGCAUUUACUGAUGCUCACUGGAGAGUUUGAACGCGAAGCGGAACAAAAUGCCAAUGGCACUGAUAAGAUUGUGAGUGACUCUCCUGACCUGGCUCCCUGCACUGCUGUGGCAGAUACUGUAGGUGCAAACUUGAUACCAACUGAAUCAAUGCUCACUAUCUCACAGUUUACCGAGAAGUUCUUGGAACAAAACUUGAAUAGAGAGUUUGAACUAAGGGAACUUCGGAAAGUGGUUCUAUCGUCACAGGAGGAGAACAUCUCACUCAAUAAAGAAAUGGAAGACCUUAAGAGUUUGUUACAGAAAGUAGAAGAUGAUCUUGGAGCAGUGAAGGCGUAUGGAGCAUCACUUACAGCCCAGCGCAAUAGCUUAAGGAUGGUACCGAAUCUCUUUGGCGUAAUUAACUUCUAGCCUGUCUAGGUUGACUAGGUUGGCUCCUUUAGGUUACUGCCUCUCUUUUAGGUUGAAAACAUCAACCCAAGAGAACAGUGCAACAGGAGCACAAACUGCUGCCAGCCUGAAUAUGGGAUGUUUUAAUGGGAUGAUCAAGCCUCGGGGAUGCAUAGCAUUUUAGAGGACAAUACUUAUCGAAAGCAUCGCAAGUAUGUUACCGCAUGACACGGGUUCUAGUCACCGGGACAUGGACGAUUCAAACAGGUCUUUAUGUUCGUUUGGUUUUUGGUGUUUUUCUAGCAGUGGGCUUGGCAACCUACAAGAAUCUGAAGUUGCCGAGGAGGUUACGGUUCAUGGAACGAAUGAAAAUAACCUUGCAUACGACCUAUGGUGGUAUUCCAGUUAUACUGUCAAAGGCUGUGAAUCCAUUGGGAAAAAAAGUGCCGUUUGAUCUAAAUUGGCAAAUUGCAGGCUAUAAGUGUAACGGGUGCAAAAGCUCAUAUUGAACCGGCAUUAGUGGGCGUGUCUACUGGAGGGAAAAAAAGGAAAACAAACAAAUACAAUUAAGAGAAAUAUAAAGAGCUUAAGUAAUUAUUUUAAUUCCAGUUGUAAUGUCCCCUACAAAGCGUGACUUGGUAAGAUUGAUAUUGUGUAGGAACUAUUUAACUGUCAAAUAUUGACUUGCGAAUGAAGAAAAAUACCUGGUAUUAUAAGUUUGAAAUGACAUGCCUACAUGCAUAUCUUAUGAUAUUCUGUCGCGUGAAGCUUGGCACACUGUAUACCGUUUCUUCACUUGUCUUCGUAUUAUAACAAAUACGCGAGGAAAAGAAAAAUUAAUAUAUUUUCCUCAUUUUACUGAGCCGUAUUUCAUGUAUCCACGCCUGGGGCUGUUGUCACAUAACACUCUUGAGAUUGUGUCUUGUUUACAAACAUUUUUAGAAAAAUAUGUUUGGAACUUCAGGCAUGGUCAAUAUUAUAUAGUGAAUACACGAAAACACUUCAACAUGUA